AUGGCAGUAAAUGCACGAACUGACUAUGGUCUUACAAAUGGUGCUAGUAAUGUUCUGAAGUUAAUUCAUUUAAGAGAUGAAAGCAAACCAUCUGGUCUUGUUUGGGUCCAGUUUGACUAUGAAGAUGUUGGCAAAAAGACCAACAGGAAAACAGCUAGGAAUCUUUACUCUAUCUAG